AUGGAGAGUAGUUGUGAAGAAUCAAGUGCAAUAGUAGCCACAUUUUCAAGAAAAGAUAAGAGGAUGACUCAAAAUGUGUCUAAAAGGCAAAAAAGAAGGAGAGAAAGUGGCUAUAUUGUUAAUAAUAAUAAUGAAGAAGAAGAAGAAGUGGAAGAAAAGAUCUUGGCAUUGCAAAAAAUAGUACCAGGAGGAGAAACACUUGGAGUUGAUAUGCUAUUUGAAGAAACUGCUGGCUAUAUUUUGCAAUUGCAAUGUCAAGUUAAAGCACUCAAAGUUCUUGCUAGCUUUGUUGAAGGAAAUGACAAACAAAGGAUGAAGCUUGGAGGUUAAAAUUGUCUUUU